AUGGCUGCCACCACCGACAAGUCGAACGAAAGCCCGAGCAUAGAGGCCAACCAACCAGCCUUUCCCGAAGGAGGAGUUCAAGCCUGGUCUGUCGUUGCCGGCUCAGCGAUUGCGCUUGCCUGCGCGUUUGGCUACCUCUCCUCGUUUGGCACCCACCAGCUCUCGCACAAGUCUCCGUCCGAUAUCGCGUGGAUCGGGUCCGUCCAGAUCUUCUUUCAGUAUGCGACUAGCGUUGUUUCCGGUGGUCUGUUUGAUCUCUAUGGAGCCAAGGUGCUUCUGAUCCCUGGAUCGCUUGGAUUCGUCUUGUCGAUCAUGAUGACCAGUAUUUGCAAGGAGUAUUAUCAGUUUCUCCUCGGACAAGGUGUUCUCGGCGGCUUGAGUGGUGGUCUCCUGUUCACUCCUGCCAUCUCAUGCAUCAGCCACUAUUUCUCCCGCCAUCGAGGCCUUGCAAUCGGGCUCUGCACCGCUGGCUCCUCCAUCGGCGGUCUCGUCUUGCCCAUCGCAUUGAACCAUGCACUUUACAGCCAGAGACUCGGCUUCGGCUGGGGCGUCCGCGUAGUCGGCUUCGCAAUCCUCGGUCUCCUGUCCAUCGCUUGCAUCCUCGUCAAAGAGCGCCUUCCCCCUCGCCGCGGCAAACUCUUCCUCCCCCGAGCUUUCCUCCAACCAUCAUUCACCACCCUCACAGCGGCCAUCUUCUUCAGCUUCUGGGGCAUGUGGAUCCCCUACUUUUUUAUCGUCUCCUUUGCCGUCGAAAAGGUGCACAUGUCUGGCAACCUCGCCUUCUACACGCUCUCCAUCCUAAACGGCGCGUCCUUUUUUGGGAGAGUCAUCCCAGGCUUCCUCGCCGAUAAGUUCGGCCGCCUCCGCAUGCUCGUUGCCGUCUACGCCACGAAUGCCCUCGUCCUCCUGUGCUGGCUUCGAGUAGACUCGUCCGCGGGUCUCCUCGUCUGGGUCGCCUUUUUCGGCUUUACAUCUGGCGCCAUCAUCUCGCUAUAUCCAGCCUCCGUGGCGCAGGUGACUCCGAACCCACAGCAGAUUGGCACGUACCUGGGCCAGGCGAGCUUCGUCGUGUCGAUUGCCGGGCUGACAGGGACGCCUAUUGCGGGAGCGCUUAUCCGGAACUAUGGGUAUGAUGAGGCGGCUAUCUUUGCCGGGGUAUCGAUGAUUGUGUGUACGGUUCUAGCAGCUAUCACGACUGUGCUUCAUAGUCGAAAGGGGAAUCAAGAGCGGUAA